AUGGUGGAAGAGAUCUUGGAGUUCAGAAAAUUCCCGGACAAUAUGCGAGUUUCUUUAGUAGUAACACGUUUCAAGGGACGAGCUACGGCUUGGUGGCAACAGCUCAAGGAAUCUCGCCGACAAGCGAACAAAUCCCGCAUAGAUUCUUGGGCUCGCUUAACCAAACACAUGAGGCGUAACUUUCUUCCAUACAACUACGAGCGCAACUUGUACAAUAAACUACAAAACCUUCGACAAGGCAAUCGUUCUGUAGAAGAAUACACAACUGAUUUCUUUCACAUGGCGGCUCGAAUGACCACAGCAGAAACACAAGAGCAAUUAAUCUCUCGAUUCAUUGGGGUAUUACGUUCUCAACUUCAGAAUGCUUUACAACAAUUUAACCCAUCAACGGUGUCUGAAGCUCACCAGCGUGCUCUCGCUAUGGAAGUCCAACUCCGUUCAAACUGGACCUCGUCUUCAACACGGACGCGACCUCAACUCAACACAACAACCGAGACCACUCUCGGGCAGUCCUCUAACGCCACAACUUCAAAACCAGAUGCAAAUCAAAAGGAUAUUCCUAAUGACUCUAUUGCAUCAUCAAGACUAGCAAGAUCGAAUGCUUUGCGUUGCUUCACGUGUGGAGAGAGAGGCCAUAUUCAAACGGCCUGUCCGAAACAGAAUCGUAGAGGUUUACUAACUCAAGAAGCAGCUUGCGACGGCGAGCCUCGUUUUGACGAGUACAACUCCGACCAGGACAAUGACAACGAUGAGAUCGAGGGAGAUACAUGA